AUGGAAAUAUCUAGAAUGCGAUCUUCAUUGCCUUUGGAAAUUUUGUUAUAUUUUAAUGCAAGAUAUUCAACAAUAUUCUAUAUAUUUCUUAUAAGCGUUUUUGUUUAUAAAUUUAGCUUAAUGCCCUACUCCUUACAUGUUGGAAUAUGUGAAAGUUUUAUUGUUCUAUUACUUGGACCAAUUGAUUUUAUACGGAUCCAUUGGGCUCGCCGCGGCAAUUUAACAGAAACACAAGCAUUUCUACUUCUUUCAAUUUUACUAAGUGUGGCAUCAAUAAUUGGGUGUGUUUACUUGCUGUAUUUCCAAGCAUAUUUGAUGUUUCCUGAACAAAUCGCUGUCUAUGCCGAAUUGGCAUUAGUGAUUAUUGGGACAAUUUUAGUGAUUCCAACAAGCAUUUUCUUGUAUAAUAAAAAAUAA